CAACACGGAAGUAAGCCAUUAACUUUCGGCAACGCAGAAUGAAGAAGUCGCUUGCGACAUUUUACGAAAGCGUCCUAAAAUAAGUACCUGUACUGUUUGUCAGCCUUUACUUCCGUCGUCUGGAGGUUUAGCUCGUAUCGCUACGAGGAGGAGGGGGAAGAACUCGACACCAACCUGCGCUCGGUAACUUUACACCUCUGUGUCAGCGGUACCUCACAACACCGCCGGGAGCCUCCCUGCCACAGUCGCAUUCGGUCCACGUCCCGCGGCCAUGUCCCUGGUCGACUCCAGCCAGCAGUGGUUCCCCACCAGCGUCCAGGUCACGGUGCACCAGGCUCGGAACCUCCGCGCCAAGGGCAAACAUGACAGCAACGACGCCUACGCCAUCAUCCAGGUGGCCAAAGACAAGUUUUCCACCUCGGUGGUGGAGAAGAGCAAGGCCCCGAUGUGGAAGGAGGAGGCUUCCUUCGACUUGCCUCUCUUCCACCCGGGCAACGUCGAGCGCUGCACGCUGUACCUCGUCGUCAUGCACCGAGUCCAGGGCGGACUCGACAAGUUCCUGGGCCAAGCGGUGGUCAACUUACUAGACCUGCACGAAAACACGGCUCGUCAUAAACCAGCUUGGUUCCCUUUGGUGGACAAGAACGGAAAAGCAGAUAAAUUGCGUGGCGACGUGCUGCUGGGCAUCAGCUUUUUCAGGAGCAACAUGUCAGCGAGUAUGGUGGACCUUUCUGCGCAGGAAAAACAUCACUCUCGCCUCUCCAAGCUGGGCGCCAAAUUACGUUUGAAGAAACAGAAAGGCCUCACCGACAGCAGCUCGGAUAUUAUGCCCCCAGUGAACCAGGUCUUGACGGAUAGUGAAGGAGAGCUUGAUUCCGUCUCACUUCAGUUCAAUCAAACUCCAGAAGAGAAAAGUAAAUCUAAAGUCAAGAAAUUCUUCUCACUAAACUCCAACUUGAAGCGAAAAACCCUCCAGUCACCUGCUCCAUUUGGAACUCAAAUUGAGAAGAACUCUUCUCGUAGUAGCAGCCGCUCAUCUGGCAUCAAUGUAGAAACCCCUGAAGCCAAGAAGAAAUUCAAAUUCCCGGGACACAAGCGCAGUGGUAGCUCUGACAGCAAGGUAUCUCUGGGUGCAUUGUCCCUGUUGAGCCGCUCCAAGCGCAGCAACAGUGAUUUGAACGAUGCCAGUGUCAACGGCAACCAAAAGUAUGAGGAUGCCAAAAGUGGCUCUUCGCUCAGUCUGAACAGCUCUGGCCAAGGGUCUGCGGAGAAUGUCCAUCAACACACCAUCGGUGCACCAGUGCUUUCCUUCAGGUCUGAGUCUCAAAAUAUCAUGAUGGAGAAACCGAGUCAUCAAGAGGAAGAGGAAAGAAGGCAGAUGGAAGCGAGGAGCAUGGCAGAGGCUGUCAGAUUGCAGGAGGAGGAGGAGGAGGAGAAACGCAGAGCCGAGGCACGGAUUUUGCAGGAGAGGGAACUUAGACAAAACGAGGACUUUGAGAGGAACAGGCACUUCCUCGAGGAUGAAGCAAGACUGGAGCAACUGAGGGAGGAAGAGGAAGAGCGCGCAAGACUGGAAGCAGCAGAAGAUGAAGAGCGACUCGGACUUGAGGAGCAGACCCAAAGAGCAGAGGAUCAGAAAAGACAGGAAGAAGCUUCCAUGAGCGAAAGGCUGUCCUCUCUGUUUGGGAUGCUCAGAAAAAAGGAGGACAGAAAGGAAGAGACACAGCAAUAUCCGAAGGAGGAGUUGACCACACAAGCUCCUCAUGGUGAUGAUGGCUCCUUCGUGUCCAGCCACCAAUUGGAGGACAUUUCCCUCAGCUCCAGUCCUCAAUUUAACAACAGUGAGCGUCUUUAUGAUGAUCAAAAACCCAACGUCAACCCGCAGACCCCAUCAGCCAUGCUCUUCCUAAAUCGUACUCCGAAAGUGUCCACAGUUAAACCAAGAUUGACUCAUUCUCAGGACUCUGAAUACUCUGACUCCCAACCCCCUAUUAGUCCGGUGGACCAGCAGUGGUCUUCCUCAGCUGUGUUGUCUCAUUCUCUGAGCUCUGGAUACUCUGAGCCUAAACCCCUCGGCAGUCCAGUAGACCAGCAGUGGUCUUCCCCAGUCGCCUCAGAAUUUACCCUCUCAAGUGUGCCAUGCGACACCCCUGAUACUUUUUCCAACCUUCAUUCAUCUUUGGCCCCUGUGAGAUUUAGUGACAGCCCGCCUGGUUGCCCUUCUGACAGUAUAGAAAAGGUGUCAUCUGUACCAUCUUCGCCCACAAUGACUGAUCAGAUCCACAGACCCCCUUUACCACCAUUGUAUCCCAUAUACGAGACUUCGACUGGAGGAACCGAAAUCCCAACUACAGAGCUAAACAGACACUCAGAUAAUUCAGCAGGGCAAAAGCUCUCUCUCCCACUUCCUGAUUAUGAAACCCUAUUUCCUCAAAAGAGGCAUGGGGUACAGGGACACACUCGAUGGGAUCAUAUCAUUGCUCAGGUCAAUCAAAGAAAUAUGGACUAUCCACCAGAACUUAUGGGUCCUGAGCUGAGUGUAGAUGGGCCAGAUAACUCGGAAGAAUUUAGACCUUCAAUUACUGAGGAGAGUCCUGCAUUGGAGCAUUUUCAGACCCAUUACAAGGAAACCCGACAUGUCUCAUCAAAAAAGGUUGCAGCCCCUCCUCCGCCUAAUCCAACAAUGCGCUCCAGUUCUUUUUCAGAACAGAACAUCCAACAGACCGAGGAGUCUCUCUCAAAGCCCCUUCCCCAAGUACCACCCGUAAUGCUAAACAGUGACUUAUAUACAAGAAAGAGUCCUCCAGAGUUUCCUCUUGCUGGAUCAAAAAAGGCUUUACUACCACCCCUACUCAGACCAACUAACCAAAUGGGCUGGGAUACAAGCACACCUGCUGACCAAACAAAUGAUUCAGUAACCACAGACCAAGAAGCUCCCACUGCUAGACCAAGGCAAAGGGUUAGCAUGACACAGCCAACAGAACAACAUUAUUCCUCAGCCAUGCCAGAUUUGGCUGAUACGCUGACAAGCAUAGAAAUCCUGCCACGUUUCAGUAUGAGUGAACAACGGGAGAAGGUGACUAUUUCUGAGUUUGACCCUCUUUCCAAGGACCCCUGGGCACCAGAAAAACCCAGCAGAAAAUCAGAUGACAUUUAUGCUGUACUAUCAAAGAAAGAACAAAAACCUGAAAACCGUGGAGUGACGGCAGACGAUCUUGAUCAAAUUUUCAGUGAAGGAAAACCAGAUGAUCGAUUUUCAAGUGUUGAUAGCUACGAGACAAGCACAUAUACAGACUACAGUAAAAGGGAGGAGGAGUCGAGACCAAUCAGUCCAGUUUUCCAAAGAAGGAAUUCACAAAAAAAAAAAAAAACAUCUACUCCUUCAAGAAGUAACUCGCAGAGGUCCUUCAAGUCUUCAGAUGAGGAACAACCCACCCUUAGUGAACCAGAACAAGAACUCCCUACAAGAGAUGUUCUCAUUGAUUCCAUCACACAAAGCCAUCCAGCAGAUGGACAAAUCGAUGGAGAGGAUCCAUUUGACAGUAACCCCUUUGCCGUGACGUCAGCUUUCCCUUCUUCAGAGCCUCUACCGGUUCUCAUGGAGGAACCGUCAUCAGAAAUACAGGUGUUGUCUGCGAGAAAGACUCGAGGAUCGUUGCCACCAGCUGAUUUUAUCAGUUCUCAAAUUAGCAAUGGAGGUGACCUUGCCUCCACUCUGCACAGGCCUCAUCCAGUCAAGCCCAUGCACUCGACAGAGAGUCAGGUUCCCAUCAAGUCUUAUGCCCUGAAAGACCUUCAUUUUUCUAAUGGCACGGCUGGUGAAGUUAAGACGGCAGGCUUGGCAGACAGCGGCCCCUUCACUCAGCUGACCCACGAAGAGCUGAUCACACUGGUGGUGAGGCAGCAGGCCGACCUGUCCAAGAAAGAAUCUCAGAUCAGCGAGCUGGAAGAAUACAUCGACAACCUGCUGGUGCGCGUCAUUGAGGAAAAGCCAACCAUCCUGCAGGCCUUGAAGGGUACCAAGCCAGUGUGAGGAAUGCUGUUAAUGAGCUGAGGUUGUACGUCGUGAUUCUUUCGUCAACAAGCAAGUACAUGUGUGUGUUUUGAAGUAUAUUUGUUUGGACACAAAGAUCUUAAUUGAUUGGGAUGGGAUUUAUUCAAUAUAAACUUUAUAGAUACGGGUAUCCGCACAGACUUCUUGAUCGAUUACCUAAUCAUUGAGGAGUUGGACAUUUUUAAGGAUCAGUUUAAAGUAAAGUCCUUUCCUGUUUCUGCAUGACGGCAAGAUGUAUGCAUGUAAAUGUGUGUAUGUUUGCAUGAGUUUACUGGGAGCGACUAAAACAGAGAUGAUGAGCCAGCAGGUCCUGUCUAACCACUCAGUGAUCGCUGACAUCACAAACAUUCUAUCUGAUUAAAGGAGCAGCCUUAUUUUUCUUGUCACUUCCUGUUGGCGGAGUGAUCACGUGGCCAAAUACUUUUGUCUAUGACACAUAAUGUAUAUAAAAUACAUCGGCACAAUCAUUCCAAAUGUUAUAUAUAUUUUACAACAUUGUACAUAUGGAUUAUAUGAAAAUAGUUCCCCAAAACAUAAUUUAUAAACCUCAUCAAUUUGAGUCAAGAUUACUGAUUUUUCUUCUGCUGCAGAUAUUUUUUAUUGUUUUUUUUGUUUGUUUUUUAAUAAAUAUUCAGCUGCUUUAUCUUAUUCAAAAAUACUGUGCCUUUGUUCCCGAUGUAGAAAACCAGCAAUGCAUGAAAUCAAGCAACAACUCUUAUUUGGUGAGGAUUAGGCUGACCAUGCACAGUCACGUUCAAGAACAUGACGAAAUAACGCCGAGUCCAAUAACUCCUAGUAUUGAUAAUAAUAGCCAGUGUGACAUUUACUUGCAGGAAGUCUGUGAAAAGCAAAGACUCACAGUUCUUUCUCGAUAAGAAGCACAUCCUUCUUUGCCUUCAAAUCCAUGAAUGCCUCAAUGGGAAUUCUAGCAAUAUUUCUAUUAUGAAUGUAGAGACAUGUCUUCCAAAGCCUUCUGUGUCUUGAUUUGCUGAAUGAAUCAUUGUUGGCUACCUCUCUGGUGUCAUUGCUGCAGUCUCUACUUUGACAGAGGCGAUGCUGAAGAAAAUCCAUGUGGUUUUAUUGUAAAUAAAGACACUAAUAUUACAUCCAAA